CUCUUUCUGAUCAGUGCUCGUGCAAUCACCAGACAGAAUUUAACCGCAGGAGCUGAUGUGCGGACUGUUCUCGGUCUGAGGAACUCAGCUAAGAAAUUUUCUCUUCAUUAAGAGUAACUGGAUUACUGUAGAAUGACCACAGAAGUAAUAUUACAUUAUCGACCAUAUGAAAGUGACCCUACAAAACUGCCAAAACUUGCAGAAAAAGCAAUUCAAGACUUUCCUACUCGUCCGCUAUCAAGAUUUGUUCCUUGGUUUCCACAUGAUGGAUCCAGACUUCCACUCAAACCUAAAAGAUCACCACCUGUGAUUUCUAAAGAGGCAACUAAAGAUGUGAAAUGGUACUUAACCAUUUCAGAACAUGAUAUGAAAUCACGAAGUUAUGAUUGUACAUUAGAUCUAUUGGAGUUUCAACCUAAUUUGAAAAAAACGAAGCACUUAAUCAGGUCUUACACACUGAAUGAACAGACUAAUUCUGAAAAUAUAAAUAAACAAUCAGAAAAAGGAAAACAGAACUUGAAGAGGUCUUGGAGUGUCUCAAUUCCCAGCAGUAAUUGUACUGAAAAGGUUUUUCCUUUAUCUAAAAAAUUGCAAGAUAGUUUAAAGGCAUUAAAUUUGCACACUUUUUAUAGAGGAAGAUGGACAAUAGAACACACUAUUUGUAACAGCCAAACACUGGAAGACAUUUGGGCAAAACUCAAUCAAAUUAUCAGGCACAAUGAACUACCAUCUUGUAAUGCAACAAUUCAGAGACAUUUAGGCCAAAUAUGGGUUUUCUGUGAUGUUAUGUACUGUGAAUAUGUGGGAAAUCUUCUUAAAAGAAGAUUAGCUCUUUCUGGGAAAAUGAAUUUAUUUGUACAUAAAUAUGGUGUUAUUUUUAGUAUGUAAUGAAUUUCACUGAUUGUUAAAAAGUAUUGUAAAUGAACUGAGUAUGGAUGUGAAAUAGUAAGAUGAAUAAAUGUUUUACUGCUUUUUACAUUUUAAUGACUUUCUUUUUAUUUGAACUUUUGUUCAUAUAGCCUGUUUGCUCUUAACAUUGUGGAAAAAUAAUUGUGUGGUAUUAUGUAUACAGUCUGUACCCCAAAAAUGGAUGUGUAUCAAGAAAUUCCUAGCCUUGUCAUUAACUCAAGAACUUUCUGGGUUCUUCCUAUUAGCAACCUUCUUUUAAAUUAAUUGUGAUAAUUUAUUUAAAGUGAAUUUGAAGGUAAAAUAUUUCUUUUCCUUUUGUUACUUUUCUAGUGAUUGAAUUAGAUAUUCCUGUGACUUAAGAUAACUAGGUUGGAUUUCAGUGAAUGCUCUGAAUCUAAUUUUACUGUAUUUUUUUAUUUUUUCAUCUGAAGUGUAAUGAUUUUUUUUCCAAUAAAAUUGCAGACAAUUCUUAGAAUUGAAAAUCUAUUGAGAAUGUUGCUCAGGUUGCAUUAAUGUACAAAGUGAGAGACCAGCCCAGAUUUUUAUGGAUGUUGGCAAAGAUAUGUAAUAGACAACAGUUGCUGUGUUGUUUUGAAACAAAAGUACAAGAAGGAUAAUGUAUCUUUUUUUAAUGCACUUUUUAAUUGUGAACUUUAACAUAUC